AUGCUGCGCCUGAGCUAUUGCACAGGCUCGGCAGGCAUCCAAGCCGCAGAGGCAGCUGCGGAAGCCUCCACAGCUGCUGGUUUGGCAGGCGCUCUAGGUGAUGAUAGGAGGGGGUUCGAGGGUGGGAACGAAGGUGGUGAGGGUGGGGGUGAUGGAAGCAGUGGAAAAGCAGCAGCUGCAGGGGGCGGGGUGGUGUUGCCAUGGGGAAGUGCGGGAGGGGAGGACGUGGAUCCAUCAACACUGGACCCGGAGAAGCUUAAGCAGGCAGCUAAGAAGAUGGAGUUGCGUGCAAUGGAGGAGAAGGACGAGAGGAAGAGAAAGUACAAUGUGCGGCAUGAUGACGAGGUCACGGCUGAGGAUAUGGAGGUAUAUCGGCUUAAGAGAGUUCACUAUGAUGAUCCCAUGAAAGAUUAUGCUGACAAGGAAUAA